AAGAGCCGCACCCCCCGCAAAAGCAGAAGAAAUAUGAAAAACCGCUCGGCGGUUUUCAGUUUCACCCUUGCAAAUCUGACAAGUCCCACUUCCGAUUCAGGGUUUUCUCCUGUCUUGACUCUUCUGAGAAAACCACUCAGAUUUCAAUCUCAAAAUCGCCCCUCUGAAGAACACUGUGCUCUCUCCAGAGGUAAGACUGCGUGAAGAUAAUCGCGGUAUUGAGUGACGUUGAGGAGAAGGCGAGGUCUAUCGAGGUAGGAGGAGGAGAAAAGAUUCCCGGUGAGCAGAUGAAUCUGCAUUCGAGCAGCAGCGAGCACAUCACGUUCGCCAAGAGGAGGAACUCGCUGAUGAAGAAGGCCAGGGAUCUAUCGAAUCUCUGCGACGCCGAGGUCGGAAUCAUCAUCUUCUCCUGCACUGGGCAGCUCUAUGAGUUCUCGAGCUCAAGCAUGGACUCAGUCAUUGAACGCUACAACAAUCUGAAGCGGGAAGUCAAACCGGAAUUGGACCAGCCACCCAUUGAUGCCAAGGUUUUAGAAGAAGAGAUAGCAAACCUGAAUCGUCAACUUCAAGGUCUGCAAGAGUACCACAGGCAACUGAUGGGUGAAGACCUCUCUGGCUUGAGUGUGAAGGAUAUACAGAAUUUCGAGAACCAAUUAGAAAUGAGUCUAUCGACUAUUCGCCUUCAAAAGGAACAGAUUAUGACGGAUCAAAUUAAUGAGCUCCAUCACAAGAGAAACCUCAUUCAUCAAGAAAAUAUAGAGCUGCAAGAGAAGUGUCAGAUCUACAGGGAAGGGAGUUCUAGUGGUGAAGCCGGCAGAUAUCAUGUAUCAUAUGGCAUUAACACCAGAGAUGAUACAGAUAUACCAAUUCCUUCCCCUUCGAGACGGCCGCCGCGUCGAAAUAGGAGUGCGACUCCUCCUGUGACCACAGAAUUGGCGUUACGACUACCUCAACCAGGUGACUUCAGGAGUCUAGAUGAUGAUGGUUAGCCGUCAGUGCUCCCCCAAGUUUAAAGCGCUGAUUGCUGCAAGUUUUGACGUGAGCAAGCAGAUCUUUAAUUCCACUUCAACAGCCAGACAAAACCUAAGGUUUUCUCAGGAGAAUCAUAUUAAGAUUCAUUGUAAUGAUUAUGUCCUAAUUGCUUGUAAACAGAUGAUAGCCCCAAAUGAGAAUCUGGGAACGCAUACUGGUCACAGUUUUUUUAUUUCCAUAAUCCUACAGCUAAAUUUUGAUGGUAACUUUUAU